AUGUAUCAUUCCCCUAAUCCUCUAAUAUCAUUUACAUCAUUCAGGGAGAGGUCUUUCAACCGAGAAGCUCCACGCUUCUCAGAAACGAGUGUUCCAUUUGAAAAUAACAAACUUUUCUUCGGACCUCCAACAGUAACAUCUGACGCAGCAUGGAAAAGUCUUUUCCCAAAGGGACGAGGUUUUGUCUCACUGAGUAAUCCUGUUCACGGGAAGCAAGACAAAAAGCAAGACUUCAGCGUGUCUGGCAUUCACCAGUAUCACUGUCUGUUCACAGUACGAGAAUAUUUUGACAAAGCGAUUCGUGCAAUUACUCCCGAUGUUGCUUCUACUUCCAACAUAACUGAAGAAGAAAUCGACCACGUGUAUCAUUGCAUCGAGUACCUACGACAAGCUGUUUUAUGCGCCGCGGAUCCGGCCCUAGAUUUGGCUGAGCCAGUACCGGGCCACCCUGGUCUCGUCAGUGCUCUUGGAUGGGGAACAACCCAUCGUUGUCGGGAUUAUGGCAAAUUGAUGGACUGGGCAGAGACAAAUCGCCGCUCAAACUCACAAACGCUACUUCACCACUGGAAUGAGAACCCUGAUAUUCACCAUUGA